AUGAAUAAUAAAUGUGAGUUAAUUAUCUAAGAGAAUGGACUAGAAAUAGAAAGAAGCCUUGAUCAUUCAAUCAUAAGAAGUCCUCAAGCAGAACAAUUAAUAAGUUCAUCAAAUAAAUAAACUUUGUUGAAAUUUGAUAGUUCAUUUGCUUAAGAAUCAUUCUAAAAAAGAAAGGACUCAUUGUCGUCUUAGAAUCUAUCAGAUAAGAAUUAAAUGAUUACUACAAUAGCUAGGUAAAAACAAUUUUCCAAAUUGCUAAUAUAUUGCCAUUCUAUGAAAUUUGCCAAUAGACUGAUUUCUCUCAUAAAACCAUGCUCGAAGUUUUCUAUUGAAUAAUUUAAUAUGAUUAAUGACAAGGCAUCGUUUUUUAAUAAUAACCUAUAAACUAAAAAAUAAACUACUAAACAUUUUGUUUAACAAAAUUUAAGAGCUAUUGAUUUUUAAUUUAGAUGGCGUUUAUAAUUGAGAAAGUUUAAAAAAAGAUUAUUUGAAUAUCUUCACUAUCAGUAUUAAUAAAUACCAUUAAUUGAACCUGAGAGUUAGAAGCUAUUUAUUUGGGAUAUAUUAUUGAAUAUAAUAAGAAUCUAUUUGAUUAUUUCCAUUCCAAUUAUUAUGGUAUUUUAAAAUCAGCAAUUAGAGUCUAAAAAUCGAAUAAUGAUUCUAUUUUCAAGUGUUCUACUUUUGCUUGAUCUAUUUCUAAGGUGUAUUACCAUUGUAUAUGAUAAAGGAUAUCCUGUCGAUAACCGCUAUCUGUUAAUUAAAAGACAAAUAAAAUUAAGCAAUUUAUUUGAAGUUUGUAGCAUUUUUAUUGGAAUCUAUUUGUCCAUUAUUUUUAAUGAUCCUGGAUUUAAUCACUCAAUUUUGGAUUAAAAUGGUUGGAUUAAAUUACUCUUAAUAUUAUUUUUGAUUCAAAUCAAGAAUGUAGUCAAAUUUAUGAACAAUAUCUAAUAUUAUUAUAAACCAAAUAAGGAAAUGUCAUCUGUUAUAGACCUGAUAAAAUUAGUAGGUUUAAUUUUGUUAAUCUAACAUUUAUGUUCAUGUGUAUGGUUGAUUAUCGGAAUUAAUUAAAUAUCGCAACAUCACUAAACUUGGAUUUAUAAGGUUUACCUUGAAAGUUGGGAAGUUCAAUAUUUGGAAGCAUUUUAUUUUAUGAGUGUCACCAUGUUUACUGUUGGAUACGGUGACAUUAAUCCCUAAAAUUCAUUAGAGAAAGUGUUUUGUAUUUGCUAUAUGUUUCUCUCUACUUUAUAAUUAUCUUAUUCAGUAAACACUAUAGGAGCCAUUCUUACUUUACUUAAAGAGAAGAAUGAGAUAUUCAGAUAGAAGAUGACGUGCAUGAAUGAAUUUUUAAAGGAUAAGAAUAUCAGUCAGUAAUUGCAAUAUAAGAUUAGAGAGUUCUGCACCUUCUAUUGGGAAUAAGACAUAAUCUAAAAGAAAAAUGAAUAGCAAUUAUUAAUUAAGGAGUUACCUGAUGAAUUAUAAUAUUAGCUUAAAUUAGAAUAGGCUAGAUAGCUUGUCAAUAAAUGCACAUUUUUUAAGCAACAUUUUGCAAAAUCCACUAUUUAAUACAUCAUUUAACGAGUUCAAUUUACUUCCUUCUAGCCAGGAACACUAAUUUAAAUUACUCCUUCUAACAAUGGAGUAUUCGUGAUUGAGAGAGGAAAUAUAGAAGUAAUAUACAAUAAAACCAAAAUCUCUGACUUAAAGGACUUUGAUCAAUUUGGAUUUCAAGAAUAUAUUAAUAAUCAAUAUAAUCUUGAUAUUACUUAUUAAACAACUACUUAUACCAGUGUUUUAUGUAUUCCAUAUUAAAUUUUAACAGAUGCCAUUAAAAAAAGCAAGAGUGACUUUGAAAAGAUUUAGAUCAAGAAAUAGAUAACUAAAUUUCAUUAUUGUUAUAUCUGCAAAAGCACAAAACAUUCUUUUGAAUCAUGCAAAUUAGUACAUUAUGUGGCUGAUAAAGAGAAAUCAAUUAAGACUUAUUUGCUGGUUGAUAAUCAACCCAGAAUUAAAGUUAAAAGAUCUAAUAGAUUAUAAAAAUUUCAGACCAUGAUUCAAUAAGAGAGUCUAGAAACUUCUUGCAAAUUAAUCUAAUAGGAGUUUGAAAAGGAAAUUGAACAAUAUUUCCCAGAACUCACUUAUGAAGCAUUAAUAAAGCCAUUAAAUUCUAGUCAAAAAAUAUUUGAGUCUCCAAAGGAUAAUGAAGUUUAUCGGCCAUAGAAAUAAAACUAUUUACUUGAAACUAUAAAAACUAGCUAAGGGAAAACUUAUGAUAAAUUCGGUAAUAAUCUCUCAUUAACUUUUCGUAAUAAUCAAGACAUCUCGCCAUUUAUCAAAGAACCUGAUAUAUUAAAGGACCUACAAUUAAAAAUGAUCAAUAUCCAAAAAUACCCAUAAAAAUAAUAAAUAGAAUUAUUCAUUUUAUACAAAACUCUUGAAAACUAGAGUUAAGCUGAUUUAGAAAUAGGCAAUUUUGAGAUUGUUAAGAAAUUCAGAAAAUUUGACAGACUUUGGAAUAUUAGUAAUGUUAUUGAAUAAUUAAAUUGCAAAUAUGAACAUUCAAGACUAUAUUUAGAUAUAAUCAAAAGACUAAGCAAAUACCUACUGUUCCCUCUUGACUUUAUUUAUCUUUUUAAGAAAGACUUACUGAAACAAAGAGCUGAAAGUUAUCAAAAUAGAAAAAUUAAAGAUUCUGAUGAUGAAAAAAGUGAUAAUAAAUUAAUAAGUCCAUUUAGAAAAUUUGAAAGAAGGAAAGCUCUAAUUUAUCCAAAAUCUCUUACUUUUAAAUGA